AUGUGUGAUGCUUCGCUUUCACAUAAACAGCGUAUUGGUACACGCAUGCCAAUUAAGACUGGAGAGAAACCAUACAAGUGUGACAUAUGUGAUGCUGUUUUUUCGAAAAAACCUUAUCUUAAGACACACUUGCGAAUUCAUACAGGAGAAAAACCGUACAAGUGUGACAUAUGUGAUUCUACUUUUUCACAAAAGCCUAAUCUUAGGACACACAUACGAAUUCACACAGGAGAGAAACUGUUCAAGUGUGACAUAUGUGACGCUACGUUUUCACAAAAAAAUACUCUUAGGACCCACAGGCGAAUUCACACUGGAGAGAAACCGUACAAGUGUGACAUUUGUGAUGCUGUUUUUUCACAUAAACCUUAUCUUAAGAGACACAUGCGAAUUCAUACUGGUGAGAAACCGUACAAGUGUGAAAUAUGUGAGGCUACCUUUUUAAGAAAACAGCAUCUUAAGUCACACACCCUAUAUCACACAGGAAAGAAGCCGUUCAAGUGUGAAAUAUGUUUUGCUGCUUUUUCAAAGAAAACGAACUUAAAACCCCACAUGCGAGUUCACACAGGAGAAAAACCGUACAAGUGUGACAUUUGUGACGCUUCUUUUUCCCAUAAACAGAGCAUUUGUACACACAUGCGAAUUCACACUGGAGAGAAACCGUACAAGUGUGACAAAUGUGACGCUGCUUUUUCACACAAACCCAGUCUUAGAAAACACAUGCGAAUUCAUACAGGAGAAAAACCGUAUAAGUGUGAAAGAUGUGACGCGGCUUUUUCACAAAAACAUCAUCUUAGGACCCACAUCCGAAAUCAUAAAGAAGAGAAGUCAUUCAAGUGUGAAAUAUGUGUUGCUGCUUUUUCAGUGCAUAAAAAAUUAAAAACCCACAUGCGAGUUCACACAGGUGAAAAACCGUUCAAGUGUGAAAGAUAUGACGCUUCUUUUAUAAAUAAACAGCGUCUUGAUAGACACAUGCUAAUUCACACUGGAGAAAAACCAUACAAGUGUGAAAUAUGUGACGCUACUUUUUCGCAAAAAACUUAUCUCAGGACACACAUGCGAAUUCAUACUGGAGAGAAACCGUACAAGUGUAACAUAUGUGCCACUGCCUUUUCAUACAAACCUAGUCUUAUGACACACAGGCGAAUCCACACAGGAGAAAAACUGUACAAGUGUGACAUAUGUGCCACUACUUUGUCCCGAAAAGCUCAUCUUGAGACACACAUGCGGAUUCACACAGGUGAAAAGCCUUACACCUGUAAUAUAUGUGAUGCUGCUUUUUCACAAACGCCUAAUCUUAGCAGACACAUGCGAAUUCACAUUGGAGAGAAACCUUUCAAGUGUGACAUAUGUGACGCUACGUUUCCACAAAAAAAUAAUCUAAGCACACACAUGCGUAUUCACACUGGAGAGAAACCGUACAAGUGUGACAUAUGUGCCGCUGCUUUUUCAUAUAAAACUAGUCUUAAGACACACAGGAGAAUUCACACAGGAGAAGAACGGUAA